AGCCCCGCGCUGAGGCGAUCGCCGGGGAAAGUGAAACCCGUCGCCGCUCCCGCCCGUCCUCUCCGCUGGGUCUCAUGGCGACGCUGCUCCUCGCGCUGCUUCUCGCCGCGGCGGCCUGGCCUGCCCGCGCUUCCGACGUGCUGGAGCUGAGCGAUGAUGACUUCGACAGCGGCCUAGCCGACCGCAACGUCGCCCUCGUCGAGUUCUACGCGCCCUGGUGCGGCCAUUGCAAGCGCCUGGCGCCCGAGUACGAGGCGGCGGCCACGCGGCUGAAGGGAAUCGUCCCCUUGGUGAAGGUCGACUGCACGGCCAAUUCGGAGACUUGCAACAAGUACGGGGUGAGCGGCUACCCGACGCUGAAGAUCUUCCGCAACGGGGAGGAGUCUGGCGCUUACGACGGGCCCAGGACAGCCGAUGGAAUUGUGAGCCAUCUAAAGAAACAGGCCGGGCCUGCCUCGGUCCCCCUUUCUCCUGAGGGCUUUGAGAAGUUCAUCAAUGAAAAGGAUGCUGCUGUGGUGGGAUUCUUCAGGGAGCUGUUCGGUGAUGCACAUUCAGAAUACAUGAAAGCAGCAAGCAAUUUGAGGGACCAUUACCGCUUUGGGCAUGUCAGUGAUGAGGAUCUCAUUAAGAAAUAUGAACCAGAUGGCGAGGGCAUUGUCAUGUUCCGUCCACAACACCUUGCAAACAAGUUUGAGGACAAUUCUGUGCGAUAUACAGAAGAAAAAAUCACAACUGGCAAGAUCAAGAAGUUUCUUCAAGAGAACAUCUUUGGUUUAUGCCCACACAUGACUGAAGACAAUAAAGAAUUGAUCCAAGGGAAAGAUAUUUUAGUGGCUUAUUAUGACAUAGAUUAUGAAAAGAAUCCCAAAGGCUCUAAUUAUUGGCGCAAUAGAGUGAUGAAGGUUGCUCGGAGUUUCCUGGAUGCUGGACACAAGCUUAAUUUUGCUGUUGCAAGUCGAAAGACUUUUGGCCAUGAACUCACAGAGUUUGGGCUUGAUGGUUCUACCAGUGAUGUCCCCGUUGUUGCUAUCAGAACAGCCAAAGGAGAAAAAUUCGCCAUGCAGGAGGAAUUUUCCCGUGAUGGUAAAGCCUUGGAGAGAUUCCUUCAGGAUUAUUUUGAUGGAAAGCUGAAAAGAUACCUGAAAUCAGAGCCUAUUCCAGAGAACAAUGAUGGUCCGGUGAAGGUAGUUGUGGCUGAAAAUUUUGAUGAAAUAGUAAACGCAGAGAACAAGGAUGUGCUUGUAGAGUUCUAUGCCCCGUGGUGUGGCCACUGCAAGAAUCUUGAACCCAAAUACAAGGAGCUGGGGGAGAAGCUUAACAAAGACCCCCACAUUGUUAUAGCUAAGAUGGAUGCCACAGCCAAUGAUGUGCCUUUACCUUAUGAAGUCAAAGGCUUCCCUACAAUUUACUUUUCUCCUGCUGGUAGCAAGCAAAAUCCAAAGAAGUACGAGGGCGGGCGUGAGGUGAGCGACUUUGUCAGCUAUCUGAAGAGGGAGGCCACGUAUCCACCAAUUCUACAAGAAGAUGAAAAGCCCAAGAAGAAGAAGAAGAAGGUGCCGAAAGAAGACCUGUGAGAGCCUUGUUCAGAGAGCCUGGCGGCUGCUCUGGAAAAAAGGCCAGGGCUCCGUGGUGCAGCUUCGUUGCUGGAAAGCAAAAUCCUUCCGGCAGAGGAGAGCCGGUGGCUGCUGUCCUACUUCUUUACCUGCCCCUUGUGUCUUAGCUGCACUUGCCAUGGAUGCCCUGGACUGGAGGGGGGGUGUUGUUUUCUAAUUUUUUUUGUACAUUUGGAGGAAUGAACGAAUAAACGAACCCUUGCCCCCC